GCGGACGACAACUUGCUCGUGACAAUUUCGGGCGCGGCGUUAUCGUUGCUAUUUUUCGAAAAUGUGCGCAGCGUCAAUGAUCAGGUAGAAGAAUGAUUGCACUUCAUCCAUAUGAUGGGUUUUCUUCUCGGCGAAGCGCUCGAGUUUGUUAUUAGGAGUUACACUGACUCCGACAACCAGGUGGAAACCACUAAAAUUCAUAUCAACGUGGAAGCUAUUGUGACGUGUCCUCUACUCGACAUCCUGCACAAUUCGACCGGGCGUAUCAACAAAGAGCGACUAAAAGAUUUUGUGAGCGACAAGAGCAAGCACGUGAUUGGUUGGUUUCGCUUUCGUAGAAGCCCCAUCGAUCUAGUUCCCAGUCUUAAGGACAAACUGCUGCAUAAGCAAUUUGCUUCACAUUUCUCGGGUGGAAACAGUUGCAAGGAGGAGUUCUUCCUCACUUGUCUUCUCAACACUUCCGCCUCUGACAGGCAGGGGACACACAAAUUCCGGCACGUAUUCCUCAGGCGCAAACGCGGAAUAUUCGAACCAAUAUCUCUAAGAAUAAAUAAUCUUGGAGACGAUGCGUCUAGGCACGAUGGCUCGGAUUAUAAGCCAACACCUGCUAGAAAAUCUGCACGCACACCGGAUGGCUUCACCGAAUUGAUAGAAUCGCUCAAUCUCGAUUUAACGAGGGCCGGGGGCCUGGACUCCGCCAUGGCGAUUCAACGGGAGGCCGAGAAUCACUUGAUCUCACUGAUUCCGAAGGUCUGCGAAUCGGACUUUGAGGUGGCCAUGUUGGAGCAGCAGGUGCGCGAGCUACGAACAAAAGUUAUUGCACAGCGGCAGGCCAAAAGAUCAACGAUCAAUGGCGAGAACUGUACUAAAGAUACUAAGGACAGUUCUGUCAUGAUGGUGAAAACCGAAGCGAACAAGUUCAGCAGCGACGCGCCGCACACGUAUGGCGAGCACAGCCCAACGUCCUAUGUACUUCAGCAGCCGCUUUCCUCCCAACGUGCACCUCAUCGUAAUACCGCGGCGUGCAUCGCCAAAAGUGUAAACCAGGAAAUAUCACGGCGGCGCGGACUCGCCGCGGACGGUCAUCCAAGUGCACAAGAGCUCUUCACAACCACAAACGUGUCAAGUGUAGAUCGGAACCGUUAUUCUGACAGCAUCUCCGAAAUUGCCGCCGAGCCCAUUUGUCCCGAGGACAGCGAGACAUCGUUUGUAGGAUUUGGCAGAGGCAGGGGCAGAGGCAUCUACGGCGGUGGCAGCCGAACGUUCGAGGUCCAGCCUGGAAUGAGGAAGACCCGCCAGCAUACCCAGCCUUGCGAACGCAGCGCCAGCCCUAAGCAGGAUUUUACCAAUGCGCCCGGAAGUCCCCAGAGCCCUACCGUCUCUAGAUCGUACAGCCAGACGACGAAGAAGAGUGUAUGAACGAUGCCCGCAACGUGACGGGCUCGUUCAAUAAUUGAAUGGAGCAACACCAAAGAAAUCGAGCUUUUAGAUUCUCUCGAGUGUUACAAACGUUCAGAAGUCAGAAUCUGAAAAAAUGGGAAAAGAAGGGAAAUCUCCGAGAAUGUAAAAAGUGCCGGAUAGAGAUAUCGGAAACGAUUCCAAAAAAUUCAAAAGAGAAAAAAGAGAACAAAGUGUCGGAGAAUAUAACAAAUUCAAGAGAUGGAGAAGUACACACACACACACACACACACACACACACACACACACACACAUACACACACAAAAUUGGCGUAAAAGGAAAUCAAGAGAGAUAAUUAAUGAGAAGAAUAACGUCCGAUAGCGUAAAAAGCACGCAAUCGGAAAAUAUCAGAAGAAAUCCGACAAGAAGAAUAAGGAAGAAAGACGAAAAUACAAAAAGUGCUGUGUUGAAGAAAAUCCGAAGGAAUUGAGAGAUUGCGAUGCGUCUGUUUGAAGUACAUAUUAGAAGCGACUUUUGUAUCGAUUAUUCUAUUUAUAGGUGCCUUAAAUUCCGCGAAGAGAUCCAAUAGGUCUCGUCUGAGAAUUCAUAAACAAAUUUUCAAAAAAAAUAUAUAUACAUGCGUUUUUUUUUUUCUUAUUUUAUUUCAUCAGUUUAUGCCGAUUUUUCGUGCCACUGAGUUUCUGUGAUACGAAGUAAACAUUCUUUUUCUUUUGCAACACGAUGUGUAAAUUUUUAUUUAACAUACAGCAAUGGAAGAUACUUUGUAAAUAAAAGACGAUUUCGUCAUCGUUA